CCAGCCAAAGCGGUGUCCAGUUGUCAUUCCGUUUUUUCCUCUCUAGUGAAAAUCCACGACAGACGAACGAGAAAAAUCCAUCACGCAGGAGAAAAAUGGCAGAUGCUGAGCUCGGGAAAGCAUUGAAGGACCUGCCGAAUCGGGUGCUGAACGUGAGCGUUGAGGAACGCCCGGAAUUGUUCCGUAAUGUGAUCGACGUGCUGCCGAAUGUGGGCAUUAACGCGACUAUUGUUCGUGGAAUUUGCAAGGUGAUUGGAACAACUCUGACCAAAUAUAAAGAUCCGGCAUCGCAGGCACUGGUUCGGGAGCUGCUGGUAGCCCUGCUCAAGGAGCAUCCAGAUUUGGCUUACGAGCACUUCAAUAAUGUUUUGAAAUCGUUGGCCACGAAGGACCUGGCGGCUGCCCCUCCUCUCAAGGGAGCUCAGGUAGCGGUCCUUGCUUUGGAAUGGGCGAAUCUGGUGGCACUGAAUGGAAACCAUGAAUCUGACGUGGGUAAAAAGGAAUUCCCAAAGUUGAUUGAGAACCAGGCCGGAUUGUAUCAGCUGUCGCUGACUUCGGGAAUUCAGAAGGUUUCCGAUAAAGCGUACAGUUCUUUGAAGGAAUUCUUUGCCAAGAAGGAAGAUCUCGAGAAGGUGUACUUCAGUAAGUUAAUCACAAUGGAACCUUCAAGUUCGGUGGUUCUAUUUCUGUCAGCGAUUUUGGCGUACAUCAAAGAAGAAUUUGAUGAUCUUUCGUUGUUGGAACAGAACAAAGCAAAAAUGCUGGAUCACGUAGUGAAAGGAUUGAUAACCGUAAAGACAAAGCCCCAUGCAAGCGAUAUUAUCGGUUGUUCGAUCGUGUUAAGUGCCAUCACGAAAGAGGAAUUCAAAGCUACCAUCCUGCCGGCCCUACAGAGGUCUAUGCUACGAUCCCCGGAAGUGAUCCUACGGGCCGUCGGGGCAAUGGUCAGUAAAAUACAGGUAGAUGUUAGCGACUUUGCAAUGGACCUGGGCAAGGCACUGGUACAAAAUUUGGCCUCGAAGGAUGAAACCGUCCGGCUGGAAGCGGUUGAAUCCCUCAAACAGGUGGUUAUGAAGUGUAGUGCUCCCAAGGCGGUUGAAGCACUACUCAAGGAGGUGUUUGCCGUGUUCAACGGGUCCGGAGGAAAGAUAACCGUUGUAGAACUGAGAAUCAAUCUACUACAGGGGGCGGGCAAUCUGAGCUACAACCAUAUCAAGCCAGAUGAUGCCCAGACGCUGAUGCCAACGGUGACUGAGCUUUUCAUCAAAGCUUUGGAAACGGAAACUCAGGAAAAGGUUCUGUGCCACGCGUUGGAAAUGUUCGGGCUAUGGUCGAUCAAUUUCCGUGGUGAAAUCCCCACGAAAAUCGUUCAAACAUUCAAAAAGGGAUUAGAGGCCAAGGCGCAAGUCUUGAGAACUAGCUAUCUACAGUGGUUCCUGGCUUGUUUGGCGAACGGAAAGCUUCCAGCUGGAAGCGAUUUCACCGGUCCAUUGUCGAAGAUUGUCGAAAAGGCAGCGCAAAAUCCGACACAAACGCCAGCCGUUUCCGAAGCUGUCGGGGCGGCCUGCGUUAUCCUUUUGACUAACCCCAAGGUCACCGAUCAGCUCAAAGACUUUUGGAAUGUCGUACUGGACAUGAACAAGAAGCUAUUCCUAGGGGAAAAAUUCCUCUCGGGAACUGCACCGGAAACCCUCUGCUACGUGAUGUUAAUUUGCGAACGGAUACUGCUAAACAACCUUGACGAUUUGAAAGGACCUUCGGACCCACUGUUCAAAACUGUCAUCCACUGUGUCAAUUUCCAUCACAAGAAGGUCCGCAAGUACUGCUUGCCGCUUUUAAAGAGAAUCGUCAACAGUCCGAACGGCAUCAAUUUGGCAAAAAGCCUCCUGCAAGAGCAGACCAAUUUUGUGGAGUCGACAAAAAUUCUCAACGAAGGCGAACAGGAAGAGGGAGUGGUUCCGGCGCAGGCCAUUGUCGACAGCAUCAUGUCGGUGACCGAUAUUGAAUCCAUUCAGAUGACCGACGCUCAAACGAUUGCACUGAGUGUGCUGCUGUGUGCCCACCAUCCAUCGGCCGUUUCGGUACAAUCGGAUCUUUGGGAAUCGAUUUUGAAGCGAUUCGAAUUGGACGGAAAGUACUUCAUCUCGAUGAAUACUGGUCACAUCAAGGAGGUCUUCUUCAACAGCUACAAGGCCACGGCGAUGUAUGAGAACACGUUGGCCACCCUGUCGCACAUUAGCCCGGAAGUGAUCCUACCGGUGCUGGUCAAGAACGUGACGGACCAUUUGAACAACUCGAAAAUGUCCAACGUUACCGACGAGGAGUACUUUACCUAUUUGACUCCGGACGGGGAGCUGUACGACAAGAGUGUCAUUCCGAACUCGGACGAACAGACGAAUACGGCGCAUCUGAAGCGGGAAAACAAGGCCUACAGCUACAAGGAGCAACUGGAGGAACUGACGCUCCGACGGGAGAUCGAGGAAAAACGCCGCAAGGAGGGCAAAUCCAAACCACCACAACUAACCCCGAAGCAGAAGGAAGCCAUCGAGAAGCAAAUGGAAAAGGAGAAGGCCAUCAUUAGCCGACUGCGGGAGCUGAGCAACAUUAUAACCACUCUGAUCUCCCAGAUCGAAGGUGCCGCAAAAGGAACUCCCCGUGAAUUGUCGCUAUUUUUCCCCACACUGCUCCCAGCCAUUCUGAGGGUGUUUUCUUCGCCUCUCGCGGCACCGUCGAUGGUUAAGCUGUAUCAGCGGUUGAGGGAAACCUGCUUCAACGAUGAACUGGCCGAGACGGGCCGGGAUGUGGCGAUUGCAACGAUUAGACUGAGCAAACCUCACUGUGAUCUGGAGGAGAGCUGGUGUGCCUCCAAUCUGCUGGAGCUGGUCAGUGAUAUUCUGGUGUCGGUCUACGAUGAAACGAUCGAUAAGUACAAUGUACACAUCGAGGAAGAUGGGGCGAAGAACUAUCUGCUGAAUGCUCCAUCUUUCAGCUAUACGUUUGAGUUUUUGAAACGAGCCAUGAUCAUGCCGGAUGCGGACAACGACGAGAGUUUGUUGAUCAACGGUAUCCAGAUUAUUGCCUAUCAUGCUCAGAUCAAGGGAGACACGGUCGAUGGGCAGGACUUUGACGAUUUGUACCAUCCAAAGUACAUGCCAAGAUUGGAGAUGAUCAAACUGUUGUUGAAGUUGAUUCAGAGGCAUCGGGGUAGGGUUCAAACGCAGGCGGUGGCUGCACUGUUGGAUGUUGCUGAAAGCAGUUCCGGAAAGGAGUAUACGGCAAAUGGGGAUUCUCGAGAAGUGGAAUGUUUGUUGGUGGCAUUGCAGGACGGGUCGGAUGCCGUGAGGGAUGUGGCGUUGAGAGCGUUGGCUAUUAUGUUGAACGUGCUGCCCUCGAUAACCGAUGAUUACGAACUUGGGCUGAGGUUGACCAGAAGACUUUGGGUGGCGAAACAUGAUGUAUGCGAAGAUACCAAGCAGUUGGCGGAGAAUAUUUGGGUUCAGGGUAACUACGAGGUUCCUAUCGUAAUGGCAGAUGAACUGCUAAAGGACAUCAUCCAUCCGGAACCUUGCAUUCAGAAGGCAGCUUCAUUUGCGCUGGUUUCGAUUCUGGCUGAAGAUUCUUCGAUCAUUGAAGGCAUUGUGGAGCAGUUGUUGGAGAUUUACCAGGACAAGGUUAUCAUGAUUCCAGCUAAGCUGGAUCAGUUUGAUCGCGAAGUGGAACCGGCAAUCGAUUCCUGGGGACCGCGCCGUGGAGUGGCUAUUGCUUUCAGCCAUGUUGCUCCCUUCCUCACGGAGGAACUGGUAAACAGUUUAACCCAGUUUAUGGUUUCUACUGGUUUGCGCGAUCGCGAAGAAAUCGUCCAUAAGGAGAUGUUAGCUGCUUCGCUUGCCAUAGUGGAGCACCAUGGUAAGGAGACUGUUUCCCAUUUGCUUCCAACGUUUGAAAAGUUCCUGGACGAGGCUCCCAACCAUAGCGACUACGAUAACAUCCGUCAGGCUGUGGUAAUUUUGAUGGGUUCGUUGGCACGGCAUUUGGACCGAGACGACGCUCGAAUCCAGCCAAUUGUGAAUCGACUUUUGACAGCAUUGUCCACUCCUUCGCAGCAAGUUCAGGAGUCUGUGGCCAACUGUAUCCCGCAUUUGAUUCCAUCGGUCAAGGACCAGGCGCCACAGAUGGUGAACAAAAUGAUGCAACAGUUGGUCAAGUCGGAGAAGUAUGGAGUGCGACGUGGAGCAGCUUACGGUAUUGCUGGAAUCGUCAAGGGAUUGGGAAUUUUGUCGCUUAAACAGCUGGAUAUCAUGACCAAGUUGACCAAACAUAUCCAAGACAAGAAAAAUUUCAAAUCUCGCGAGGGAGCCUUGUUUGCAUUCGAGAUGUUGUGCUCAACGUUGGGUCGUCUAUUCGAACCCUACAUCGUACACGUUCUACCGCACCUUCUGCAGUGUUUCGGAGAUUCUUCUUGUUACGUUCGUGAGGCCGCCGACGAAUGUGCCAAAACUGUGAUGGCCAAGCUGUCCGCUCACGGUGUCAAGUUGAUCCUACCUUCGUUGCUACAUGCCUUGGAUGAGGAUUCCUGGAGAACGAAGACCGCUUCGGUAGAACUUCUCGGUGCAAUGGCUUUCUGUGCUCCCAAGCAGCUGUCGUCUUGUCUACCGAGCAUAGUUCCCAAGUUGAUGGAAGUUCUAGGCGAUUCACACAUUAAAGUACAGGAAGCUGGCGCUACUGCUCUGAAAAUGAUCGGAAGUGUCAUCAAGAACCCCGAAAUUCAAGCCAUUGUUCCAAUCUUGCUCAAAGCUUUAGAGAAUCCAUCAUCGAAAACUUCCCACUGUCUGCAGAGUCUGCUGGAGACCAAAUUCGUCCACUUCAUCGAUGCUCCUUCGCUGGCUCUGAUCAUGCCUGUGGUGCAGCGUGCUUUCAUGGAUCGUUCAACCGAAACUAGGAAGAUGGCUGCUCAGAUUAUCGGUAACAUGUACUCUCUGACCGACCAGAAGGAUUUGACCCCGUAUCUGCCGAACAUUAUCCCAGGUCUGAAAACCUCUCUGCUGGAUCCGGUACCGGAAGUCCGUGCCGUGUCUGCUCGUGCCCUGGGCGCUAUGGUUAGGGGAAUGGGUGAAUCGUCUUUCGAAGAUCUCCUCCCGUGGUUGAUGCAAACUCUAACGUCGGAAAGCAGCAGCGUGGAUCGUUCUGGAGCUGCUCAAGGUCUGUCCGAGGUCGUUGGAGGUUUGGGCGUAGAAAAACUGCACAAACUUAUGCCGGAAAUUAUUGCCACGGCCGAGAGAACCGACAUCGCACCGCACGUCAAGGAUGGAUACAUCAUGAUGUUUAUCUACAUGCCGAGUGCAUUCCCUAAUGACUUUACUCCAUAUAUUGGACUGAUUAUCAAUCCUAUCUUGAAGGCACUGGCCGAUGAAAAUGAAUACGUGAGAGACACUGCGUUGAAGGCCGGCCAGAGAAUUGUCAAUCUGUAUGCCGAGUCCGCAAUUGCACUGCUGUUGCCAGAGCUGGAGAAGGGACUGUUUGAUGAUAACUGGCGUAUCCGGUAUAGCUCGGUUCAGCUCUUGGGAGAUUUGCUGUACAAAAUUUCGGGUGUUUCGGGUAAGAUGACAACGCAAACAGCUUCCGAGGAUGACAACUUUGGAACGGAGCAGAGUCACAAGGCAAUCAUCAGCAGUUUGGGAGGAGAAAGGAGAAACCGAGUGCUGGCUGGGCUCUACAUGGGUCGUAGCGAUGUUUCGCUCAUGGUUCGUCAGGCGGCACUGCACGUGUGGAAGGUUGUCGUCACCAAUACUCCGCGUACUCUUCGGGAAAUUUUGCCAACAUUGUUCAGUCUACUGUUGGGAUGUUUGGCCAGUACUAGCUACGACAAGCGGCAGGUUGCUGCGAGAACAUUGGGAGAUCUCGUCCGAAAACUUGGAGAACGUGUUCUUCCGGAGAUCAUUCCGAUUCUGGAGAGUGGGUUAAGCUCCGAUCAAGCUGACCAGCGACAGGGUGUCUGUAUUGGUCUUUCAGAAAUCAUGGCCUCCACCUCCAGGGAUAUGGUGCUGACCUUCGUAAAUAGUCUGGUACCUACAGUCCGCAAGGCUUUGGCUGAUCCUCUACCGGAAGUUCGUCAAGCCGCCGCUAAAACAUUCGAUUCACUUCACACCACAGUCGGAACGCGUGCCCUGGACGACAUCUUGCCAUCCAUGUUGGAAAGCCUGUCUGAUCCGGAUCCGGAUGUUGCCGAAUGGACUUUGGAUGGUCUCCGUCAAGUUAUGGCCAUCAAAUCUCGCGUGGUCCUACCAUACCUUAUACCACAACUGACGGCCAAUCCCGUCAAUACCAAGGCGUUGUCCAUCUUAGCAUCCGUCGCUGGAGAAGCACUCACAAAAUAUCUUCCCAAGAUCUUACCUGCCCUCCUUUCGGCACUUGCCGCUGCUCAAGGUACACCGGAGGAAGCUCAGGAGCUGGAAUACUGCCAGGCUGUCAUUCUGUCCGUCAGCGAUGAAGUCGGAAUUCGUACCAUCAUGGACACUGUCAUGGAGUCAACCAAGUCUAAUAUUCCUGAAACACGUAAAGCUGCUGCAACUCUUCUGUGCGCCUUCUGCACUCACUCGCCUGGAGAUUAUUCUCAAUACGUACCCCAGCUGUUGCGCGGACUCCUGCGACUACUCGCCGAUGCAGAUCGGGACGUACUGCAACGUUCCUGGGAUGCGCUCAACGCGGUCACCAAGACACUAGACUCAGCUCAACAGAUUGCUCAUGUAACGGACGUUCGCCAGGCGGUCAAAUUUGCUAGCAGUGAUCUCAAAGGUGCCGAACUUCCAGGCUUCUGCUUACCCAAAGGUAUCACCCCACUGCUUCCGGUAUUCCGUGAAGCUAUUCUGAAUGGUCUACCGGAGGAGAAGGAAAACGCUGCCCAAGGCUUGGGAGAGGUUAUCCAGUUGACUUCAGCAACUUCGCUGCAGCCAUCCGUGGUGCACAUUACCGGUCCACUGAUCCGUAUUCUUGGUGAUCGAUUCAACGCCGGUGUCAAGGCUGCAGUUCUUGAAACCUUGGCAAUCCUCCUGCAUAAGGUCGGAAUAAUGUUGAAACAAUUCUUACCACAGUUACAAACUACAUUCCUCAAGGCGCUGCACGAUCCAAGCAGGAUUGUACGUAUCAAAGCUGGACACGCCCUGGCUGAACUGAUCGUUAUCCAUACUCGCCCUGAUCCGUUGUUCGUGGAGAUGCAAAAUGGCAUCAAAAACACAGACGAUUCGACAGUUCGGGAGACUAUGCUGCAGGCGUUGAGAGGAAUUAUGAUCCCAGCCGGAGAUAAGAUGACCGAACCAUUGAAGAAGCAGAUCUACGCUACCCUGGCUGGAAUGUUGGGUCACUCGGAGGACAUCACCCGUGCCGCUGCUGCUGGCUGCUUCGGUGCUCUCUGCCGUUGGUUGAGCCCCGAUCAGUUGGAUGACGCCCUCGUUUCCCAUUUACUAAACGAAGACUACGGUGAUGAUGCCGCUUUGAGGCAUGGCCGAACUGCAGCUCUCUUCGUAGCUCUCAAAGAGUACCCAUCCGCCGUCUAUAUCGAAAAGUACGAAGCUAAGAUUUGCAAGACAAUCGCAUCAUCGCUAACAUCUGACAAAAUUCCGGUGGCGUUGAACGGAGUCCGUGCAGCAGGCUACCUGCUACAAUACGGAAUGUGCUCCGAAGGAGUCAAACUCCCGCAACAGAUAAUCGGUCCGUUCGUAAAGUCCAUGAACCACAUGAGUAACGAAGUUAAGCAACUGCUCGCCAAAACCUGCAUCUAUCUAGCCAAAACCGUUCCCGUGGAAAAGACAGCCCCAGAGUACCUCCGAUUGGUGAUCCCAAUGCUUGUCAACGGAACCAAGGAAAAGAAUGGCUACGUUAAGUCCAACUCGGAAAUAGCUCUAGUCUACGUCUUGCGGUUACGAGAGGGUGACGACGUGCAUCAAAAGUGCAUUGCUCUGCUGGAACCGGGUGCGCGCGAUUCGCUGAGUGAAGUCGUCAGCAAGGUCCUCCGCAAGGUCGCUCUGCAGCCCGUGGGCAAAGAAGAGGAGUUGGACGAUACGAUUCUUACGUGAUUACUGCGGCCACCACCACCGAUAUCGAAGAGAAGGAAACGAACACAGUAUCAAUUGGAUGAUCCAUCUACUUUCGUUUUAAGACUUGUUGCUGCAAUUGGCGAUAGAACGUCGAUUAUGAUUACUACCAAGCUGUUAGGAAACUACAACAAUUGGCACUCAUGGAUCGAAAAUAAAUUAGAAUUUAGCUGUGGAAA